AACUUUCGAGCCAAAAUCCACCACAAACCUAUGCACCCCCAACACAAGGCAUCGAGAUCUAUUUUGAAAUAGAAACAAAUACAAGAACACUCUACAUUGUUAUGAACACAGGAAUCCACCCUCUUGUCAUUCCGACUUGCCACCACUGUUACUCCUAGACAUUUUCCCCCCAUCAAACAUCACACCGGCCCACCUUUUCUUUCAAAGAGGAGAUGAGGAUUGAAAUGAAGAUUCACAACAACCGAGCCGAAACGCGUUCUACAUCCAACGCAGACGUCUUUGUCACCAAAUGGUUUUACAUUGGAUUCGGCAUCGUGUGCGGGUUGAUCCUGAUUUUCUGCAUGUACACCCUCUGGAGGGGAUUGCAAAGGUCGUUCUGGCCUGAUAAAUUGAGAUAUUGCUGCUGCUUGGGCGGUCGUGGUCGGCCGGCGAACGGGGAGGGGGAGGAGGUUGAGACCAAAGAGAGAGGAGGGAUGGCGAGCCCAGAGCGAGGUGGGGAGGGGGCGGCUGAUGGGAAUGGGAAUUGGAGAAAGACGGUUUACCUGACAGAUUUGAGGAACGCUUCGAACCCUUUGCAGGGGGGGAAUGGUGCUCUAGCUGCCGGUGCAUGUGAUGUUAGGGAGGUUAGGUUGGAACGAGGCAGGCAGGGAGUCAGGAUAAAAGAAACGGUUUCCUCGUAUGGACGUCCUGCCUCGAUGGGCUCCCCCGGUCAGCCUAGCGGUCGGCAGUCAGUACAACAACUACCACCAUCGCCAGCCGUCCAAACCCGAUCCCGACCUCGACUACCUCCACAUCCACGGGUGGGGCCAGCAAAUUCGGGGUGGGUAAGUAAUCCUGGAGCGAAUGGGAAUUUUGAGAAUAUGCCAUUCUACAGCCCGCGAGAACGGAGGGAUGGGCAGUCAUUGGACCCACCCUCUCCCGCUUCUACGCAUACCCCACGGGGGCCGGGGUACGGGGUAUACAGCAGCUCUUCUGCAUCGUCAGCGUAUUCGUGGAAUAAUGCCACCCAGUCACCCUAUGCAAAGCCCCACACGCCUCCGACAGGUCCUUAUUACUCCCCAGCAGGCAACUAUCCAUCCCCGCACUCGCCUCCUACUAUACCCGCACCUGCUGCAUCCGUGAAGAAUACCCAGCCACCGCCAGCAAGCAGAGGCCACGUCCCCAUGUCCGUGCCGGGUACGCCAGUGAAUCACAGCCCAAGGGUCCAGUUCUCGCCUUUGCCUACGCCGUCGCGGGGCAGUUCUGCGUCUAGCUCGUCAGCUGGGUCAGCUCAAGGAGUGCAGAAUGGAUCGCCUCGAAGUGGGCGGGCUGUUUAGGGUGGAUGGUGUUGGUGGGGGCUGUGGGCGGCGUCGGCCGCCAAGAAAGCGGGUGGUGAGCCAGACGAUCAUCUAGGGGGAGUCUGUGGGCAUGGACAUUCUGAAUGUACAGAUGUAUGAGUAUGUAGGAGUGAUGUAUGGUGAUACGUAAUAUCCGC